AGGGGGUGUGUUGUAAGGAAAGGAAUCCUGGGGAUUUCUACCCCUUCCCUUUUAUUUGGCCUUCGGGGCCUUAGACUCAGGGAACUCGCCCAUGGCUUUCUUGAUGAAGAAGAAGAAAUUCAAAUUCCAAACCACUUUCACCCUGGAGGAGCUGACGGCCGUCCCGUUCGUGAACGGAGUCCUCUUCUGCAAGGUCCGGCUGCUGGAUGGCGGGGAUUUUGUCAGCUUGUCGUCAAGGGAGGAGGUACAGGAGAACUGCGUGCGCUGGCGGAAGAGGUUCACCUUCGUGUGUAAGAUGAGCGCCAACCCAGCCACGGGCCUGCUGGACCCUUGCGUGUUCCGUGUGUCUGUGCGCAAGGUGAGGCUGGGCUCCGGGGCCCUCUCCCAGCUGGGCUUCGCCGACCUGAACCUAGCUGAGUUUGCGGGCUCAGGCUCCACAGUGCGCUGCUGCCUGCUGGAGGGAUACGACACCAAGAACACCCGCCAGGACAACUCCAUCCUCAAGGUCACCAUUGGUAUGUUCCUGCUCUCUGGAGACCCCUGCUUCAAGACGCCACCCUCCACUGCCAAGUCCAUCUCCAUCCCGGGCCAGGACUCCUCCCUGCAGCUGACGUGUAAAGGUGGCGGGACCAGCAGCGGUGGCGGCAGCAGCACCAACUCCCUGACAGGGUCCCGGCCCUCCAAGGCCCGACCCACCAUCCUGGGUUCAGGUACCGUUUCCCCACCUCCCACCCCUCCCCUACCCAGGACCCAGGCUUUUACCUCAGCAGCGCCCUGGGGGAGACGGCGCUGGAAAAGGUUGUGGUGGACGGUGUUUGUCUGCCCUGCUUCCACAGACGGCCUAAGCACUGACUGCGCUGGCCACAGUGCUGGGGCCUGCACCACUAGAGGGUGCAGUGUCCCUGCCCUCCUGGCCCUCCAGUCUCAGAGGGAAAAUGGGACCCACCGCCGAAACACAUCUACCAGCAGUAGUGCCUCUGGGGGCCUCAGCAUAGCUGUGGAGGGCGCUGAGGGUGGUGAGCGGGAGCACCGGCCACCUGAGAAGCCACCGAGGCCUCCCAGGCCCCUGCAUCUGUCAGACCGCUCAUUUCGGCGGAAGAAGGACUCAGUGGAAAGCCACCCGACAUGGGUGGACGAUACACGGAUUGAUGCAGACGCCAUCGUGGAGAAGAUCAUGCAGAGCCAAGACUUCACGGAUGGCAGUAACACUGAGGACAGCAACCUCCGGCUGUUCGUGAGCCGUGAUGGAUCCACCACUCUGAGUGGCAUCCAGCUGGCCAACAGGGUCUCCUCUGGGGUCUUUGAGCCAGUGGUGAUUGAAAGCCAUUGAGGAGCAGGUGAGCCGGCUGAGAAUGGCCCUGCCAUCUCGGUUAUCCAGACCCACAGCAUUCCACGAGGAACCUUUCCCUUCGGAUCCGCGCCGCAUCUCCUCUGUGCCUCAUCCAUGUACUCUAGCCCACACCUGCCCCCAAGCAUAAUUCCAUUGUCCUCCCAUCCUCGAGGGGAGCCUCCUAGCCUAUGAAGGCCUGGGCACCACUGUGAAUAUUCUCUGAACCACUAGAGGGCAGGACAGGCGGGCCCAUGCUGCAGAGGAAGACAGAGAUGGCCAAGACUGUUCCUGGCAGAGACUGACCUGGCCCCCAGCCAAGGAUGCGCAGCAGCUUCUCAACAUGUGGAACUGCUGUGGCCAAGGGGCUUCACCCCCUGUGAACUCACAUCAGCUUCAGUCAGGCCCCAACAAGGCCUUGCUCCAUUGCCUCCAUGUCCUCAGGGGACCAGACCACCCCCAGAAUCCUGCCACCUGUGACCCGCUGCUUAGUACUUCAGCUGUCCCUUCCCUGUGUCCUGGGGGAACCGCUGGCGGCCUCUUCCUGGGAGCUAAGACCUCAGACCCCACCCGCAUUCCAGAUGAGAACUCGCCCUCCCCAGUGAUGUUCUGCUGCCCUGGCAGCCUGCACUUUGCACAUGCUCGUCCCCAGCACGGUCCCAUCAGGCCACUCUUCCCCUUCCCCGUGCCACCUUCCCGAGGACUCCUGGGUGCUGCUGCUGUGCAGCCAGAGGCCCUGGGUCAAGCAGCCCGGCUGGAACGGGGCUCUGCCUCUGCUCUCUCUAGCCCAGUUCAGGCCUAAGACCUGUGCGGAGAAAGGCCUGAGCUUAUGGUACCCUCUGCCCAGGGCUGGAUCCUGAGCAGCUGGCUUUCCUGCGGGAAGGACUGGGGCCCAGCAGGGCUGGGCAAGCACAGUCCCCAGCUGUGCGCUCAGGUCAGCUGGCCCAGGCUGUGGCCCUGCUGGAGAGGUGAGUGGGCUCUGGCUGGAGCUGGCUCCCUGCCAGACAGGUCCCCACCCUCCUCUGUAAGCACCCCCACCUCCAGGUUCAGAAGAGGUCGGGUCCCUCGGGGGCCUGCUUUCCCAGUGGGGAGCAGACUGGCCCUGCCCUUGCCCAAGCCCCUGCUCUCAGCACUUUUGCCUGUGGUCCUUGUACUGGCUUGAAGGAGGGCUCUGGCCGCCUGCCAGGCCCUGGACAGACUUCCCUGCCCCUGAGUCUCUCUUAUUUUGUAUAAACCCAGCGGGCUGGUGUUCAGUUAGCCCUAUAGUUUUGGGUUUUUUUUCUUCUUCCCUUCCUUUUUCUUUUUUUUUUUUCUCUUUAUUUUAGUUCUCAGUUCGAUGUUUCCUCCUCCUCCAAUGAGGGGAGGUGCCUCUGUUCUCUGCCCCCACCUGCUGGCUGGGUCCCAGCAGGACUGUGGAACCAGGUGGGACCAAAGCCAGGGCUCUGGUUCUCUCUGGGUAGGGUGUAGGUGUCCUCCCCAGGUGGGAGGGUCCCUCACCCAGUCCCCAGCUGGCAAAAGUUGGGGUUGGGAACUCCCUGGCAUUGGGACCAGAGCAUUUCUGGGGUUUUUGUUGUCAUUGUCUCAAUCACCUAAUAACUCUUUAGAAAGUGAAUGUCAGAAGGUGCCUGCCAGGGUGACAGCAUGGGCUCUGGCUGGAGAAGGCUCUGGUCAGCUUGGAGAGUCUUUUCUACCUGGCAGAGACCUGGCACUUUAAAAGGAAGCUGGCUGCACUGUCUCAGAUGAGGUGACCCCUAGAAGAUGGGGAAGCCUGUGACCUCACCCAGCCCAGGGAAGUGCAGUCAGGGUCUUAUUGGGGUCUGAUUCAAGGUUCUGGGGCUCUCGGCACAAAACAGCUUUGAUGCUGCGGGGGAAGACUCCCCCAUACCAGGCGCUCCAGCCCCACACAAGCUAAGGUUUGAGCUGGAUGGUCCCCUCAAAAGAAGACAGCCUGCCACCUCCUCCCAGGCCAGCCCCGGGUCAGGGUAACAGGUCUGAGAAUUUAACCCUAACCAAAUGAAGGCUGGCUAGAGCCAGAGGCCUGGAGCUCUGGCCUCCUCCCCACGAGAGAGCCAUUGCUUCAGCCCUCAGGUUCCUUCAAGCUCAGUGAAUUCCACCAGGCACCUUCAGUGCCUGCACUUCAAAUUCUAUAUAUACAGAGAGAAUUUAUUAGAGAUAUUUUUGGAAAGGAAUUGGUCUGUGCAAUGCCAGUCUGGAAUCUUCUUGAAAGACAGUUUAACGUUUUUACCAGGAGAUUUAAAGAAAAUAAAGGUCUACAAUAUUUUUAAGGUUCUUUAUUUUCUAGUCACCCCACAGAUGAUCUGCCAGGAUGGAGAAAGUCCCUGUCUUCCUGUCUCUAGGGAGGAGAUGGAGGAGGGCACCAUGGGCUGGUUUUUUUGUUUGUUUGUUUCUUGUUUUUAAUCCUCCUUUCUAACAGAAUGUUGCCACCACUGCUCUCCAUCCUGUGGGCUGUUUGUAUCUCUAUCCCAGCUUCUGUCAUAGAAAAUAACAUUGUAAGGGGAACUCAGCCUAGUGUCAGUGUCUUGGUUUGGGGGGUGGGGAUUAAAUAUUGCAUUUUUUUGUUUA